GAAUGAAUAGCGGAAGUUGGAGUAGACAGUGAGGCUGCAUUUUGACAGGUUUGAACGAAGAAUUAAGAGUAUUUUGUAAUUUCAACCAGAAGAUCACACUGCUUGUAAAGCAGCAUGGUGGAUUCUCAGUACUACCUCCCCAAUGACAUCGGGAUCUCGGUUUUGGAUUGUGCCGAGGCCUUCCGGCUGCUGUCGCCUAAAGAGCAACUGUAUGCACAUUACAUCUCACGGGCAUCUUGGUACGGGGGCUUGGUGGUUCUGCUGCAGACCUCACCAGAGUCUCCGUCCAUCUAUGUGCUCCUGCAGAGAAUCUUCCAGAAGCAGACGCCUGCACAGCUGGAGACCGUGGCAGCUGCAGCAGGUCUGAGCUCAGAUGAGUACCAGGCAUUUCUUGUGUAUGCUGCUGGGCUUUAUGCAAACAUGGGAAACUAUAAGUCAUUUGGUGACACGAAGUUCAUUCCUAAUUUGCCAAAGGAGAAGUUUAAGGCAGUGGUGUGGGAAAGCCAGGCCUAUAAGGAGAACCCUGCUGAGAUGGAGGCUCUGUGGAACAGCUGCUCCCACCUCCUCUACUCCCUGGAAGACAAGCAUAAACAGCUUGGACUCGGGGAAGAAGGGAUCUCCACAUACUUCUCAGGGAACUGCUGUUUAGAAGACGCAGAGUUGGCCCAGAAAUUUCUAGACUCCAAGAACCUGAGUGCCUACAACACACGUUUGUUUAAGAAGGUGUCAGAAGGGAAGCGCCACUACGAGGUGCGCCUUGCCUCUGCAGUGAAGAAGGAUUGUGCUGUUGAGGGUGAAGGAGAAACACACUGUGGCACAUUUGACUUUGAGGAUGCUGUUUUUUCUGUUCAGAGAGGAGACUAUGCAUACCUUAUGGAGAAAGUCAGCCAAAACCUGGAAAAAGCGAAGGCUUACGCUGCCAAUGAGAACCAGAGACAAAUGAUGGAGGAGUACAUAAGAAGUUUCACCUAUGGGUCUGUGGACGCUCAUAAAGAGGGCUCCCGUUUUUGGAUAAAGGACAAGGGACCUAUUGUAGAGAGUUACAUAGGCUUCAUUGAGAGCUACAGAGAUCCAUUUGGUUCAAGAGGCGAAUUUGAAGGUUUUGUUGCUGUAGUGAAUAAAGCGAUGAGUGCUCGAUUCGCGCAGCUGGUGAGUUCAGCCGAAGACUUGCUCCCCGAGUUGCCGUGGCCAACUGCAUUUGAGAAAGAUCGUUUCCUCAAACCCGAUUUCACCUCGCUGGAUGUGCUCACUUUCGCUGGCAGUGGCAUCCCAGCAGGAAUCAACAUUCCAAACUAUGAUGAUAUUCGACAAACAGAAGGCUUUAAGAAUGUGUCCCUUGGAAAUGUGCUGGCUGUGGCCUAUUCAACACAAAAGGACAAACUCACUUUCCUGGAGGAAAAAGACAAGGAUCUCUUCAUCAAGUGGAAAGGCCCUUCUUUUGAGGUGCAAGUGGGUCUACAUGAGCUUCUUGGGCAUGGCAGUGGCAAACUCUUCAAGCAGGAUGAAAAGGGAAAAUUCAACUUUAAUCACGCUGAGGUCCGUAAUCCAGAGACAGGGGAAUUGGUUAGUAGCUGGUACAAAGGCAGUGAGACAUGGGACAGCAAGUUCUCCACCAUCGCUUCGUCAUAUGAGGAAUGUAGGGCAGAGUGUGUGGGGCUCUACCUCUGUCUGAACAAGCAAGUGCUGAGCAUCUUUGGUCAUGAGGGUGAAGCAGCAGACGAGGUUGUGUAUGUGAACUGGUUGACUAUGGUCCGUGCUGGUCUGCUAGGCCUGGAGUUUUACACACCAGAGAGCAAGAGCUGGAGACAGGCUCAUAUGCAGGCUCGUUUUGUGAUCCUGCGUGUGCUGCUGGAAGCAGGGGAAGGUUUCGUGACCUUGAGUGAGACCACAGGGGCGGAUGGUCAGCCUGAUGCCCUGAUCAUGCUGGACCGCAGUAAGAUUCAUACAGUGGGCAAGAGUGCCAUCCAAAAGUUCCUCUGCUGUCUGCAGGUGUACAAAUCCACGGCUGAUGUGGAGGGAGGUCGAGCUUUGUAUGACCGCUACUCUGCAGUAACAGCUGAGGGUGCUCACAAUUUCCUGCGGCUCCGCGAGACAGUGCUGCUUCGCAAGGAAGCCCGCAAGAUGUUUGUUCAGGCUAAUACCCGUGUCAAAGGAGAGGCGGUGGAGCUGGAGCAAUAUGAGGCAAGCGCAGCAGGACUGAUCCAGUCCUUUGCUCGGCGCUUCACCGAGGAUGAUGAGGAACUGGCAGCUCAGCUGCUGGAAAUGGCCUCCACAGAUGCAACUUACUGGUGCUAAGGCAAUGGGGGGCGAAAAGCACUGCAAACUGAUGAGAACGGCCCUAACGCAUGAUAACUGCCCUAAGUCUGCAGGUACAACGUUAUAUUAGAGAAAGAAAACAUGAAUGAGAUAGAAAGAGGAUGCAAAGGGUACGCUGGAAUUGAUUGUAGGAAAAAAAAAUCAGAAGGGCAGUUCAGACAUCGUAACGGUUAACUUUUCUUUAGCUCUGUGUUCACUAAUGUCAGUAAGUCAGGUUUUUUUAUUUAGAAUAUGCAAUCACUCUGUAUUUGAGAUGGGACCACAGCCUACGCUUCCCACACAGAUGGAUAUGUGUUAAAGCAUCGAUGAGAGAAAAUGUGCUGUGUGAGGGUGGAGUGGGAGAAGCACUUAUGUAAUCUAAACCUGUUGCACUUCUGUGAACGUUUUAACAAAUACGUUUGCGUAAUCAUGUUUAUGUCCUGAUCAGCAAUACAUCGCAUAAUCAACCGAAUAUUCAAGUUUGUGCUUAGUAGGAUGUUUUCUCAGAAAUCUGCAUUUUGAUUUUGAUCUUAAAGGCAUUUAGCAUAAAAAAAAGAACAUGUGUGAUCACUGACAAGAGAAAGGUUUCCUACUGAAUAAAAACAAAAAAUCAGUCA